UUGCUGCCUGUAAAAUUUUUACAACGUAUCAUAAUGUACAGUAGUUUACGUUAAUCACAUAUACACAAAUAAAGAAGCAUUUGUAGUGUUGUUAUAAGCAAUUUUCCUACCAGCCACAGAUUCUUUAGACGUAACAGCAUAUCAAAAAUCAUUUACAGAACACCGAGUUUCCGCAGUGACGUGUAGCUCGGGUUGGACCAAAUAUGGGGAGAACUGUUAUCGCCUGUAUACCAGCACCUUGCCGUGGAUGGACGCACUGAAAGCAUGUCAGACCGUUGGCAGCAGCCUAGUGGACGUCGGCUCCGACGGCGAGCAAACCUUUGUUCACAAUCUCGCCAACGGAAACGAAUUCUGGAUCAGUGGCUCCGAUUCGUCCACGGAAGGUCACUGGCUGUGGUACGGCAGUAUCCAGUCCUGGUCAUACACCAAAUGGAACACAGGCGAGCCUAACGAUUCCGGUGGAGAAGACUGUGCCAGCUUGUUAAGUGACGGGAAAUGGAACGACUACCCGUGCAGUCGCAGCAUGGCCUACAUCUGUGAACAAACUACUGCAUUAAAUGCUUGUGAUUCAACCUGGAGUUUCAGGAACGGUAAAUGUUAUAAGCUGUUCACGUCGACAGUCAGAUGGUCCAAUGCUUUACAGACCUGUCAGGCCAACUCAGCUAACCUGGUGAACAUCGAGGACUCCUCAGAAAAUUCAUACGUCCAUGGUUUACUGAACGGUAACGAUAUAUGGAUGGGCGGUUUUGACGGACCAAAGGAGGGCUCGUGGGCGUGGUCCGGCGGUGUCUUUUCGUGGAGCUAUACCAACUGGAGUACAGGUGAGCCCAACAACUCCGGGGACGAAGACUGUGCUUUGAUGUACGCAAACAGUGGGAAAUGGAAUGACGGCAGUUGUAGUGGAGAGUUACAGUUUAUGUGUAAAAAGAACACACCUCCAAUCGAUGGUGGAUGGUCAUCUUAUGGAUCAUACGGGUCUUGUUCUGUAACCUGUGGAGGAGGGACACAGACGAGAUCAAGGACAUGUACAAACCCCGCCCCGCAGUGGGGAGGUGACCAGUGCCCUGGAUCAUCCACCGAUUCACAAUCUUGCAAUACAAAUCCUUGUCCAAUUGACGGUAACUGGGGUAGCUGGGGUAACUGGGACACCUGCACUGUGACUUGUGGAGGUGGUACUCAGCAGAGGACGAGAACCUGUUCAGACCCUGCCCCUCAAUAUAACGGAGCAGACUGCACCGGGGAUUCCACCAGCUCACAGACAUGCAAUACCAACCCAUGUCCAAUUGACGGUCUGUGGGCUUCAUGGGGUAGCUGGGAGACCUGCACAGUGACUUGUGGCGGAGGGACUCAAGACCGCUUCAGAACGUGUACUAAUCCGCAGCCUCAAUAUGGCGGAGCAGACUGUGUAGGAGCUAACAACAGCACACAAGAUUGUAACACACAAGUCUGUAUAAUUGACGGGGCCUGGGGCGCUUGGGGACUGUGGGGUACCUGCAGCGUUACCUGUGGUGGUGGUCAGAGGUCCCGCACUAGGAUUUGUGAUAACCCAACACCAGCAAAUGGCGGGAAAAACUGUCCUGGAUCAUCUGGAGAUUACGGUGACUGCAACACUGACGCUUGCCCUACCGUAGCACCAGGACAAUACAACCAGCUGUGCCCCUUUGGCUAUUUCACCUGUCAGGCCGGGGGUAUGACCUGUAUCCAGGAUUCAUUUAAGUGCGACUGCAGUUCGGACUGUGAAGAUGGAAGCGAUGAGACGGAAGGAUACGCCGGAUGUACCAAUGUCGCCAUGUGCAGUGCAGAAAAUGGAUCAGGAACUGUACAAGGCGCUGCAUCCAUUGUCGUCUUCGUGAUGUCAUUAAUUGCAGCCUACACAUUGCUCAUGUAGUUGUGACGUCAGAGGAAGCGAUGCUAAGUACGCCAUAUUGUAAUCAGAAUAGAAAUUUCAUAUUGAUUUUACGUUGGUUUUUUUUAGUAGCAAUGUACUGUUAAAGCUUUAAACUCUUUAGUAUUGUAUAUUUCAAUGUCAUCAAAGUCAAGUUUAGCAUCAGUUUGCGUUGAAUUCAUUCAUGUGUUUUUGUUUUUGUUUUGUUUGAGGGGGGUUGUUUGUUUGAUUUAUUUUGGAGACUUGGAAGAUGUCAUCGACUGAUUUCUCUAAAAUGAAGUUUUGAUAUUACGUGUUUACUACAGGACAGGCAGGAGGACUUUUUUUACGGUUUAUCUGAAACUGUUUAACUUCAUAUUCUGUACUCAAUUCUAAAAAGAAUACGUCGAAUACUUUUGUGUAAACCUAUCUAAAAUCAAGCAAACAUUUACAUUUCCGUCGCUACAAUCACAAAAUGUAACCAGACACUUGUAUAUGCUGAAUAAACGUUUGCAAAACUGACAUCCAUUUUUUGUUUUUAAUUUGUAGACCAAUGUUGUUGUUUCGAUGUCCAUUGUAGUUUCUUAAUCAUUAUGCCAUGUCAUGGGUUUCUUUGGAUUUGUCUCAACGUAAAAUCAAAGAAAAUAACAUAGUGC